AAUGCCAUCACCUUCUUUUCCAUGCCCCCCUUCGGCCGUGGCCGUGGGAGGAUCGAGCUGCCAUUUCCCCGCGACAAUGGAUCGGGAGACUCCGCGCUCCCCACCACCUGUAUAAAUACGCAGACCCACUACCCACGACCCGCAAGCCAAGCCCGACGGCUUUCCGGCGGUUUUCCCGGCGGAUAACUGUUCAUCCGGGGCGGGACUUUGGCGUCUCCUCUGCUCGAGCUCGCCGUGUGAUUGUUUCUCUUGUGGUUUUCCUCCCCUGCUCCUCGCCGGCGGCGGCUACCUGCCUCGGCAUUUCCUUGCCCACAACCGCCGUCUUCGUCUUCCGCGUUCCACCUCGCGCCCCGUCCGAUUCCCUGCUUGGCUUGCUCGGAGGGAGAGCGGGACUGUGCGUGGCUCCUGACAGAAUCUGGAUCGAGGCGAAUGCGUUGGAGGCGGCGGCAGCCAUUGUUGGGGUAGUUCCGGUUCGACCUGUCCGUCCGUCCGUCCGAGAACGUUGCUUUCUGGUAUUCCGUUUCGUCCGGCCGGCCGACGCGAUGCUGCGCAACAGAUCGAGGAGAGCAGGCGGCGGAGGCGGAGGCCUGAUCCCUCAGCCUGAGCCCCUCGCCGCCGCCGCCGCUGCUCAGUCUUCUUCUUCCGCGCCGGCUCCUGCGCUCGCUUCCCCGAGGCCGUACAUGGCGCUCCUGCAGGCCGGUUUCUUGGACGGCGCGGAGCAGGGGCCCUCCUCCUCCAUGAGCCCCACCUCCAUUCUCGAGACCAAGCAGUUCUGCUGCUCCGCCCUGCCGCCGUUCCUGUCCGAGAGAAGCCUCAGGAAGGCUCAGAUGGAGACAGCUACUCUGGGUCCGGAGCCGGCCAGCGUCGGCGGCCUCGCCGACGUGCUCCGGGAGCACGGCGACGCCAAGGCCGGCGGCCGGAAGGUGGUGUUCGGGUCGCAGCUCAGGAUCCAGGUCCCCUCCGGCAGGGCCGUGGAGCUGGUGUCCUCCCCGAUAGAGUUCGGCGUCAAGAACCGGGACGCGCAGCUGGCCGUGCUAUCCCCGGCCAGGAGGUUCUUGCCGGAGGUGGUGAGCUCGCCCUCCGCCCGGGUGUUCGCCGGCGGCGUCGCCCCGGGGGAAAUGGCCAUGUCGGAGGACUACACGUGCGUCAUCUCCCGCGGCCCCAACCCGAGGACCAUGCACAUCUUCGACGACUGCAUAGUCGAGAGCUGCGGGGAUGUGCUCAUGGACAAGGUGGACACCGCCGGCGACGCGGUGCCGGUGCCGGCCAGCGGUUUCUUGGGCUCUUGCCAUGCAUGCCACAGGCAACUUGCAGGGCAUGCCAAUGAUACCUUCCACCGGGACGGCAAAGCAUUCUGCGGCGACGAGUGCCGGUACCGGGAAAUGCUUUUCGAAGAGGCGGUGGACAACCUGCGCUAGCUAGCUGAACGAGGGGAGGGAUGGUGUAUUUCACAGGAGAGUUUCAGUGGUGGAGAAAGGCAUAUGGUGGCCCUGAAUAACCGAGAUGAGAUUUAUUUCCCAUUUCUAGUUUCUUGUCGACUUUGCAAGACUGGAUGAUGAUUUUUGGUCAUGGAGGACGGAACGAUUCUAGUCUUUUUGCCGUGGAUUAAAAGACCUUCUGCCCACUUUUGCGCAAGAGGUUGCGCUGUUGGAUA